CGACUUUGCAUAUGUUGACGUGAUGUGAUUCAUGUUCGUGUCGUAAACGUCAGUUUUGGGUAAAAAAAUAGCAAAACAUGCAAAAAAAAUCGUCUGCCCGCAAAAUUUGGAUAAACUAGGCCGGUGAUAGAAGAGGGAAAUGACGAUCGAUUUGGGAAGAAACAGUGGGGCCCUAAAGGAGGCCUGGAGGGACGUGCUGAGUGAAAAAACCGAAACGAACUGGGCCUUAUUUGGUUAUGAGGGCCACUCCAACGUCCUCAAGUUGGUCAGCCAAGGAGACGGAGGCAUUAACGAGCUGAAGGAGGAUUUGAGCUCCGGCAAAAUCAUGUAUGCCUUUGUCAAGUUAAACGAUCCAUCCACGUCCCUGGAUAAGUGCGUUUUGAUUAACUGGCAAGGGGAAGGUGCAAACACCGUGAGGAAAGGCCUUUGCGCCAACCACUUGAGAGAUGUGGAGAAAUUCUUCCCGGGGGCCCACCUCACCUACAAUGCGCGAAACGAGGACGAAGUGGACGAGGACUUGCUAAUUGAGAAGCUGAAAAUGUAUGGCUCAGAGUAUCGGUUUAAAAUGAAAGUUGAGCCCGUUGAACGCGCUCUGCCUGUUGGCACACGGUACCAAAAAGUGAACGCCGUCAAAGAGAUAAACUCUCACGAAAGAGAUAAGUUCUGGAAGAAGGAGGAGGAGGAGGAAAAGCGGCGCUUGGAGCAGGAAAGACAGAAGAAACAGGAGCAGCAGCUCAGCCUGGAAGUGGAAAGGCAGCGCCAGGAAGAAAGCGACACGAAAAAUCGCGAGCAAGAAGCCGAGCUGCGCAACGAAAAAAUCGACCAGUUCAAGCAAAGCGAGCGGGACAACUUCAAACAAGAGACUGAGAGGCAGAAUGUGGCCCCAGAAAAGCCAGUGCGGGCCUCCAUUUUAAAAGCCAACGCUCAAUGCAACAACCUACCAAAGUUAGCCAGUAAUCUACGCGUCUCUUCUCCUGAGCCUGCUCAGGCUGGCAGCGACGACGAGUGUGACCAAUUUGCCACAAUCAAAAGGUCUCCGAAAGAUUCUUCGAAUUCUUCCGCCAAGCCUGCAGAGAGCGCGGCUUCGCCUACGAGUGUAGAUAAAGGCGACAGUUCGCCGUUUGUCGAGCAAACAGUGCAAAUGCUAGAGCAGGAUUUUGUCGAUGAGUACAUUUUCGGGAUGGCAAAGGACGGCUAUAAGGCCAGGGCUUUGUACGACUAUCAAGCGGCUGACGAUACGGAAAUUUCCUUCGAUCCUGGCGAUUUUAUAACGAACAUUGAGAAAGUGGAUGAGGGCUGGUGGCAAGGCCUGGCUCCUGAUGGAAUCACCUAUGGGCUAUUUCCUGCAAACUAUGUGGAAUUGGUUGAAUGAGGUUCCACCUACGGGCUGUUUGUUGGCACUCCGUAUCCAAGUGGCCAGGAUUUGGACCCUUGUUUUUUAUCGUUGGCCUUGCGCUUAGCUUUUGCUUGUUUAUUAAAGUAUUAUUUGGAUUCUAUACAAAUGUUUAAGUAUUGUUACACGAUUCGCUGUAUUUAAUGAUUGCAUUGAGGUAACGUUUCUAACUCUUCCGAUCAAUCGCUGCACGACUGUCCCUGUCUUCAAUAAAACAUUGUUUAAUAUAAAA